UUUCGGUUAAACCAAAGAUGUUUUGAAGUAUUAGUUGUUGGAAAAUUAUAGUUUCUGAGCGUCAACAUGGGCACCAUUCGUGAGCUGACAAAACGCGAACGUUUUCAGCUUGAUUUAUGGCUGAAGAGCGAGGGUAUCACCCUGAACUGGCGUUCCCGUCGGGACACCUACUCCGACGUGCGACCCGUGGCAGAGAUCCUCAAGAAGAUCUGCCCCUCAAUCAGGCUGGAGUUCUAUCCCACGGUCUCCAGCUUUUCUCGCCGUCUUCAGAACUGGGAAGUCUUCUCGUAUCGCGUGCUAAAGAAACUGGGACUCCGGCUGAAGAAAAGUGAUCUCAAGCAGCUGGCCGAAGGCCGGACUGGAGCCAUCGACUAUGUGCUGUUGAAUGUUUUCUCCCAGGAGGAGGUGCCUCCAACAAUGUGGAGUGUUUGCAAAGGGUACGGUGCUUGGUCCUCGUGAAUCCAGUCGGAAGUUCCAGAACGUUAGAACUCGGAUGCGCUGGCCCCGUUCUAAGGCGGCUCUCGUCAAUGCCACACGCCAAUGCAACUUUGGUUUGUUCAGACUUUGUAAUUGAUUUGGCAUCCAAAUUACCAGUGGCCUGUGAUAUGUGAUAAAUAGCGCACUCAUAUGACAAAA